AAAAGAAAGGGAGAAAGAGGAAAGAAGGGCUGAAAGAGGAACAAAAGGAAGGAAAAAACCAACUGUGGCGUGGCUGCUACUCCAGAAAGCAACCAAGCAUACUCACUUCAGCUCCGGACAUCCAGCUUCACCUAUCCACCAGGCAGUAUUUUUCUGCUGACAGGGAUCUCCAGGCCCUCGGAGGUCUCCUCUCCCCGGCCGGAGCUGCACGCAGGCACUCCUGUCGUUGCCCUGACCGGCAGCAGCCGUCUCGCGGCCUGGAGAACGGCCAUUGCAGCGGCGUGCCCCAGUUAAUCCAGAGCUUCGCAGCCGUCCGCACCUCCAGCCUCUGGCCCGAACAACCCCCAGAGCCGGUGCGAGCACAGCUGCCCGCGGCGAGCCCGCGCCGGACCUUCACCACAGCCCCGAGGGCAACCCCAGCCCACCCCAAGACGCCUCCCACGCCGCAGUUUACCGCCUCGAGCCGACACCCCCACGCCCAGUGCGGCUCAAGCCCCGCCCUCUGGAGACGCGACAGCUCGCUCGCUUUCAGGAGAGCACGUGGCAAUCAUCGCUCCACGUGGGGAGAAGAGCGCCCUCGGCUAAUCAGCGAUCUCCGUUCACCUCUACGCCGCCCUGAUGAAGUACGUACAGGCACAUACAGGCAGUUAUUCCAUCCUGAGCAGCUCAUUACUGGGAAAGAAGAUGCAGCCAAUAAUUAUGCCAGAGGCCAUUAUACCAUUGGAAAAGAGAUUGUUGAUCUAGUGCUAGACCGCAUUCGCAAACUGGCUGAUCUGUGCACAGGGCUGCAAGGUUUCCUUAUCUUUCAUAGUUUUGGAGGAGGCACUGGUUCAGGGUUUGCAUCUCUGCUCAUGGAAAGGCUGUCUGUUGACUACGGCAAAAAAUCUAAACUAGAGUUUGCGAUUUAUCCAGCACCACAAGUUUCCACUGCUGUAGUGGAACCUUACAACUCAAUUCUAACUACCCACACAACAUUAGAGCAUUCAGACUGUGCCUUCAUGGUCGAUAAUGAAGCCAUUUACGAUAUAUGUCGUCGUAACCUUGACAUUGAACGUCCUACUUAUACCAAUUUAAACCGAUUAAUUGGGCAAAUUGUUUCAUCCAUCACAGCCUCACUGCGUUUUGAUGGAGCCCUCAACGUAGAUCUGACAGAAUUUCAAACUAACCUUGUUCCAUACCCACGAAUCCAUUUCCCCCUGGUAACAUACGCCCCUGUCAUCUCCGCUGAAAAAGCGUAUCAUGAGCAGUUGUCUGUGGCUGAAAUUACCAAUGCUUGUUUUGAACCAGCCAACCAGAUGGUAAAAUGCGACCCUCGCCAUGGCAAAUACAUGGCCUGCUGUAUGUUAUAUAGAGGUGAUGUUGUUCCCAAAGACGUCAAUGCAGCGAUUGCUACUAUCAAGACUAAACGUACCAUUCAAUUUGUGGAUUGGUGCCCAACUGGAUUCAAGGUGGGCAUUAACUACCAGCCUCCAACUGUGGUGCCAGGUGGUGACCUUGCCAAGGUCCAGCGGGCUGUGUGUAUGCUAAGUAAUACAACGGCUAUUGCUGAAGCAUGGGCUCGCCUCGACCACAAAUUUGAUCUCAUGUAUGCUAAGCGUGCCUUUGUACAUUGGUAUGUUGGUGAAGGAAUGGAGGAAGGAGAAUUUUCUGAAGCACGGGAAGAUCUGGCUGCCCUUGAGAAAGAUUAUGAAGAAGUUGGUGUAGACUCAGUAGAAGCAGAGGCUGAAGAAGGAGACGAAUAUUUAGAAAACUGAAGUCUGGAAAAAUUUAUUGGGGACAAAAAAAAAAGAAUUGCAGAACCCUGUUCACUUGUUUGAUUGUUUUCAAAUAAAGUUUUAAAGGUU